ACGUAAGACGUAUGAACAACAAACAGUUGUUGGACUCGACUUCAACAAGCUAGCGGAGGGUAGCGCUGAACAAAAACAGGCACAGCUGACAUCUCCUGGAGACAAAGAUUACCAUCAGACCUCAGCGGUGGGCAUGUCACAGCUAUAAUCUUUUUUAUAUAUAUAAUUAAUAUCGAGGGUAGCAUGUGUAGCCCUGAUACAGUUAUGUAGCGCAUAGGGAUAACGGCCGGAAAAAUGCCUACAGAGUGUGACGCUUGUUUUUUUCGCCGCAGUUGCUCCUUGUGGUGUGUGUUGCGAGCGUAGUUGCAGCACGAGUGAGCGAGCAGACCUGCACUGGUACUAAAUAUUUCUUCGCCUGGGAAAAUGAACUGUGUUGGGGAGAAACGGAUGGGCUCGCGUAAAGAAGCAGAGACACGCAACCUAUCUGGGGCCUGUGCGUCACCGUAGGACAACUUUAGCAAGCUAACCAACGUUAGCACACUUUAAUUCCUGUUGGGUUGUUUGAAUGUCGGAGUUCAACAUUCUUUUGUAGGCGACCAGAGUUUAUUGACUUAUUUGUUUUAGUGGAUAAUCGUAUUUCUCUUUUUAUACGGCUGGCAAUGUGCUGACGACUUGGGAGCAAUUGAAUGGUUCCCAUUAAAGCAAUACAACCAAGCUAGUAAAGAAAUAUUAAGUGGAGUUUAUCAGAUCGGCAUAAAGUUAUAAAGUUAAGUUAUAUAUUUUGGUGUAUGAGAAAUCACUGACAUACCUUCUAAUUUGCACGUAUUUCACGUAUUUUGUGAAAUUGAUGUUUCUAAGAACUAGCACUUUAUUUAAUUGAACAGGAUGCACCAAAGUCACUUGUGACGUGGGGGUGGAUUGAAUCCAUUGAUUAAAAUCGGAAAACAAUUUAAACUACAACUAGAUUUUUUUUGUCAUACAAUUUAAUGUAUUUUUCCAGUUAAAACAACAGCAAAGUUGCUGCUCAUUUGAGUACAUUGUCGUUAGACAGGGAGCAUAGACAACCAUAUGUCACAUUUUUCCCAGUGACCGUGUUAUCUACUGUCCUGCCUUUGUGACAUGGUAGUAGAGGCUUAGUCACCAGAGAUGUAAACAUGAAUAUCCAAGAGCAGUGUCUAGAUCUGUGUAAUGUCAAGACAAAAAGCAAUGUCGACAAUGACUUCAAUCCUACAAGCAUCACAGAAGGGGUCACUCUCAUCUCUGAGCUCAUGACGGACAGUGAGGCAGAGAAACCAAACAUUGUUCCCACAGAGGCUUCGGAGACUUGCCUGAUGCCACAACUUACUGACAACCUUCAGGGUGCUGAGGAGGAUAACCAGAAGGCGCAAGACACACUGGAAAUUGAUGAAGUUAAUGGAAAUCGAAAGAACUGUGUCCAAGAUACGCCUGCUGUAGUUAAUGUCACUGGGCUAAUCUUUCCUAUUGACGGACAGUACAAAGAUGACACUGAAAAGGAGAAGAUGAAGGAUGAUAAGUGUUGCAAACCUGAAAGUCCUGUUGUGGAAGUAGGGGAUGAUGGUGGGGACAUGGACAUAGGUGUGGAUCUGACUCUGGGUGAGAGUGAGCUUUUGCAGGCUGAAUCUGCAGAUCUUAGUUCAUUAUCCGAUGCUUUUUUGGACUUGGAGUCCACUCUUCAGGAUUUCCCAGCUGAUGAAACUGCAGAAAGUCAGUCGGAUGCUAAACAGACAGAAUCUUCUUCCUCUGAUCAAGCUAGAGUGUGUCUGUCAAACGAGGAUGGAGACGGUAAACACAAACCAAGUGGCAAAAGGGUGACAUUUCCCUCAGACGAGGAUAUAGUUUCUGGAGCAGUGGAGCCAAAGGACCCCUGGAGACAUGCUCAGAAUGUGACGGUGGAGGAGAUCCUCACUUGUUAUAAACAGGCCUGCCAGAAACUCAACUGUAAACCUAUACCCAAAGUGCUCCAACAGAUACAGGAACUUAAAGACCUUACCCUGCGAAAUGAAUGCUUGGAUUUGAAAGGUGAAAAACUGGACUACAAAGCAUGCGAGUCUCUGGAGGAAAUUUUGAAGAGAGUCCAGUUUAAAACGGUCGACCUGGAGCAGACCAACCUGGAUGAAGAUGGUGCUUCAGCGCUCUUUGAUAUGAUAGAGUACUACGAAUCGGCCACCCAUCUCAACAUAUCCUUUAAUAAGCACAUCGGCACACGAGGAUGGCAAGCUGCUGCUCACAUGAUGAGAAAGACAAGCUCCCUGCAGUACCUGGAUGCCCGUAACACUCCUCUGCUGGACCACUCUGCCCCGUUUGUAGCACGGGCCCUCAGGAUCAGUGGCAGCCUGGCAGUCCUUCACCUGGAGAAUGCUGGUCUGUCUGGCAGACCGCUCAUGCUGCUCGCUACUGCUCUUAAAAUGAACAUGAAUCUGCGAGAGUUGUAUCUAGCAGACAACAAGCUCAACGGCCUUCAGGACUCAGCCCAGCUUGGCAACCUGCUUAAGUUCAACUACAACAUUCAGAUUCUGGACUUGCGCAAUAACCAUAUUUUAGACUCUGGUCUCGCUUACUUGUGUGAAGGACUAAAAGAGCAAAGGAAAGGCCUCGUCACUCUGGUGCUAUGGAACAACCAGCUCACACACAGUGGCAUGGGCUAUCUGGCUGCUGCAUUGCCGUGCACCCAAAGUUUGGAGACGCUGAACCUCGGCCACAAUUCUGUGAGCAAUGAAGGAGUUCACAAACUGAAAGACGGACUGAUUGCCAACCGCUCUGUGCUCAGACUGGGCCUCGCCUCCACCAAGCUCUCCUGUGAAGGAGCCGUGGCUGUGGCAGAAUUCAUUGCAGAGAGCCCGAGGCUGCUGCGUCUGGACCUUCGCGAGAAUGAGAUAAAGACUGGCGGCCUGAUGGCUUUGUCACUCGCCCUGAAAGUCAACACGUCUCUGCUGCGUCUCGAUUUAGACAGAGAGCCCAAGAAGGAAACUGUGAAGAGCUUCAUAGAGACACAGCGCGCCCUGCUAGCUGAGAUCCAAAAUGGCUGCAAGAGAAACUUCAUCCUUGCCAAGGAGAAGGAGGAGCUCGAUCAGAAGAUGAGGCUGUCUACCUCUAUGGCUGAAAUCGCUACAGAGGAUGGGACCAGAGAAGAAGAGGAGGAGGAGUUGCCAUCAUCAGAUGAAAGGGAGCAAAGAAAUAAAGAGGCUGAAAUCUCAGGAAACGAGGGACAGGCGAGCAGCCAGGCUGAAGGAAGCACAGAGAAAAACGUUCCUGCACCAAAUCUGGAGUCUGACUCAGACACUGAGGACGAGGAUGACGGAGAGGAGGUGACAAAGUCUUCUUCCGCUCCAAACUCCACUGCCCAGAGUCAGACUGCUCCUCAGUCAAAUUCAGGAGCUGCAAAGUUUCCCCCCAGUGCCUCAAGUACCUCUUCACACCCAGCUGUUUCGCCUGCUGCAGGACAACGUGUCAUUUCUGGCAUUACUGUCACAGAAGCCACAGUUCCUACUGGGACCCCUCCCUCUCCUGGGCGCUGCAUAUCUGUCUCUAGCCCGGGCAGAGGUCACAAGAUUUUUAUGGUCACCAGGGUGGAAAGCCCUCCUGAGCCACAACAGAAAAAUGACCCUGCAGCUCCCAUCCUGACCAAAGCGGCCUCACAGAAGGCUGCAGACGUACCCUCGUGUGCGACGCAGCAGACGCCACCUCCAGCUUCUUCUCCCACAUCUGAGCAAACACAGCUGACGGGCGAGGAGGUGAACCAGGGCUCAGCUGCUGCUUCUGCGCUCUGCACCAAGCAGAGUACAUCAGAGUCCAACACUACACUCACCAGCAAACUAGAAUCCCAGCCAGCAAGCCGACCCACAGAGGACGGGACAGCCAGAACUUUAGGGCCAAGUCUCCAAACACAAGCUCUGCCUUCAGAUUCUGCAUCAGUGCAGUCUGCGACCUCUCAGCUGGCAGAGGGAGGUGCAGGUACGUCUGUGACCCCCCAACCUGAUGACAUUAAAGAAGAGGAGAGUCACGCACAAGAUCUGAGCAAAAUGGAGGAAAUGAACCAACCUCAGGAUCUGCAGCAGCAGCAGCUUUUAUCAUCUGCUCUUCUGAAUGAUCAAGCAUCAGAGGAGACCUCCCCAUCAAACCAAGCCGACCAGGAACCUCCACAGCAGGAAGAGACGCAGGAAGCACCAGCACAUUCACCCACACAGAACGAGGAGUCAUGGCCAAAGCCUGCAGAGGCUGCUGAACAGGAAGGAGAGUCUGAGGCGUCUGUCCCCCACGAAGAAGCGCAGAACCUCCACCUCACCUCGACUCCAUCUGAAGCUGAAGGGAGUCCGGUUUCAGUGGUCGAACAAGGGAAGUGCGUUAACGAGGUCGCUGCAGAUGAGGGCUUUGCCGAUGCUCUCGAGGAAAACGUGGCGAGCUCAGCUUUACCUAAUGGUUUGAAGCCAGAGUUUGCCGUCCACCUUCUAAGCAGUGAAAGUCCAAAGCCUGGUAACUGCGUGAUGGAGCAUGCGAGUGCUGACGGUGAACAGGAACUGGAGGAGCUGCUCCGAGAAGCCAGCUUGGAGUCUGGAAGAGACGCAGUGUGAACUGUCCAUGUGUAGACAGAUCUCCGAUGGAUCCUCAGCUAUGUGACCACAGUGUUUUUGUCAUCUCUGUGACCGGACCAUCAACAUCUUUUUCCUUAAACAACCGAAGACCAAGUGUUACAGCAGUCAAACGUUGUGUUCAGAAAGGUGAACAGUCGACCUUAAGAGCUCACCUUUUGUCCCAUAAGGAGUCUUUACAGCCACACUACAUCCUCUGUGUGAAAGGGCGGAGAGAAGAAAUCCCCUUCGUAUCACUACAUCUUUCCAGCCUAAGAUCUCCACAGACGCACACAUGCCUGUGUGAGAGGACCGAAGAGACGAGGAAGGCCGGAUGAAACACUAACCAAAGACAGAACACACAAUCUCAUUUAGAUCCUCGGCAGUCCGUUAGCUAGCAAUCAAAAAAUGUUCCUCACUCAGAGCUGUACAGGUGAUGACUACAAAGGUCUGUGCUCCUGGACCCUGUUGACCAAACCUGCAGACUCACAGAGGUUGAGGUUGAGAGUGUGUCACCCUGAAAGGUUUUUCUAUCAAUAAAGCUGAGGUUGUUGAUGUGUCUGUUUUCAAUGUUAACCCUGUGUGUCUCCCACCUUCUCCUGGACUCUUUCUCUCCGCCCUGGAAAUAAAACUCUUAAGAGACCUUUGCCAAAGUGACCUCCUCCCUGUUUGCUUUCUCCUGCUCCGUUUCCUUUUGGCCCCUCAGGAAUCAGUGUGCCCCCCAUCCGUCUCAGUUCUGACAAAAAUUAUAAAGAAGUUCAAUUCCAAAAAGCAGUUUUGAGUUGACCCUUUGCUGCUACAAAAACUGUAUUUUGGUUAAGGUAUGCCUAUUUUUUUUCUUCAUCCCCAAACUAAAGCUGUUUUUGGUAUACAAACGUAAAGGAAGAAACAGUCAGGGCUUGAUGCUCUUUCCCCUGCUCUCCUUUACCUCUUCUGGAACUUUCUUUCAUCUCUCUGCUUGUUGCCUUCAGUCCGCCUUUAGCAUUCUCGUUUCUCCUUCAUCCCCUCUUAGCUGCUUUGAAAGAUCUAUUUUUUUUGUAAACCUGCUGCAGCCUUCUUUGAUUUUAUUCCCUCCCCCAUUUGAUUUCUCAUCUGUGUGUAGGGGCUGCUUUUAAAACUGUCCUCCUUUUUUGAUGUAUGUGUGUUUCAUUUUCAAAUUAGAGCAUUUUUUUUUUCUUUUUUGGGGAAAUUCAUGGGGAGAGCAAUUGCGUUGUACUGACUAGGGUGCAGUCAUAAAAGCAAAUACUAAGGUGUUUGAAAAUGUCUGGACUGCUUGUUUUGAAACUGCCAGAGGAGUUUGUGGCCACAAGGGGGCGCAUUUGGGUUGUUUUCCUCCUUCCUGAAGAAGAGUCCAAAUAUCAACUGCAUUUUUUUUUCAACGUUAAGCAAAAGAAUGUUGCAUUUAAUUCCUGCAAGUCUGCAAAGAGGAAAAAUACCCCCCCCCCCCCCCCCCGCCACAGAAAUAUAUACAACCCUUAGCAUUUUUCAUCCCCUCUGAUCUUUACCCCCUCUCAACAAAUAGUUUGCCCAGCUCUUUGUAAUGCUUUAAUUUUUAGAAAUUUUUAUUAAUGAUUUGUUAACUUUAUUGAAAUGUGCUGGUAAUCACAGAUAUGUAUGGCGGAAAUUGUUGCUCUCAAAUAAAUGCAUGUAGCAACUGAAAGAGAUGGCUCCGUGUUCAAUCACACCAAGUGUAUUCUGACCCCAAGAUGGAAGCAGUUCCAUAAGAAAAAUAUCUUUAGACCAAGUCUAGUUGGGACUUGAAGACUUGUGCUUUGAAAACGUGUCAAUAUCAAAUACAAAUGUUCAAAUUCAUGCAGUAUGUAAAGCACACUGCCUACUAUGACACAUAUGUUGGACUUUAACUCCCACUUUUGUGGCACAUCCUGCCUCUCAUAGGGAGGAUAGUUCAUUUUUCUGGAUAUUCUUAAUUUGAACCCAUUUGUUCAUGGAAGGUUUAUUUAUUUGAGGUUAGAGAAAGACAGGGUCGUGUCUGGUUUAAACCAGACGUUAAAAAUAUCUUCAAAUGUCUUAUAAACAUGGAGAUAAGAGAGGAAAGUUUUUCCCACACCAGAGUAGGAGGACCAGACCUGUUUGAAGGAGAGAUGGGACUCAGAAAUUUUCCUGAGUUUGAAGGGUUUCUCUGUGCAAUCUUGGAAUUUUGCAGCAUAUUUUGAGCCCGUUUCCAAACAUUUGCACUGAUGUUUUCUACCAGUCUGCAGGAGAUGUGACUGCUGCUGCUAGAAAGUUUUGAUUAUGAACUGGACCACUAAAGUAGACCGAUCAGUUAGCUUUAGCUAGAGAGAACAAGCAAACUAAACGCAUUUGAGCUUCAAACCGGAGGUGAACAGUUGAGAAUUUGUUUUCUGUUAUGACGAUGUUUCUUUUUUUUCCUGUAGGGGUUUCAGGCAAAGCAGAUUGUGCAAUAAAGGCAAUGAGUUUGCAGCUUUGCUUCUUCUGUUUGGCCUAGAUGUUCCUGCGUUCUUUAAUAAGGGGCAAAACUUUUUAGUUGAAGGGAAAAUAUUUGAAUUUGGAGAAAAAAUGAUCCACACAGAGUUCUAUGAUUCUUUGAAAAAGUUUGUGAAGUCUUAAUGUUUUCAGUGUCUUUUUGUUUCUCAAUUUUUUUUAAAUAAAAAAAACUAUGAA